UUACUUUCGGGCGCGACAUCGUGCGAGUGGACAUGCAGGCGUCGUCUGGACGUUAACCCCCGUUGUUCCCCGCGAGUGCGCAGCAAAAGACCGGAGCAGUCCGGAUCGACGGCAGGGAUCCCUAGACACCGGAGGUGCAUGGUCCGCGGUACGCGACCCUGGCCCAUCAUCACUCGGGACGCGGCGGAAGCUCCGAGUAGUCGAAGACCACAAACUUGCAACCGCGCUCUGCAAGGCAGGCUUAUCAACGGGGCGCGUGGCGGUCGACGCCGAAAGUGAACCUUGUCUGGCUGACGGACACGUGGACAGCCGGGUCCCAUGAUCGAUAAGGGUUCCCGUGUAGCCCUCCGGGUCCAAGGCUUUCCCCCCGCGUCCGUUUCCCGCCACGUAUAAGAAGCGUUUCGCGGAGUUCCCCAAACAAACCGCCGACGUCAUUCCCAACGCAGCAGCCAGCCAGCUGUUGCCAUUCGUUCCCAGAGAACCCCCACCCGCUUCGAAAAUUCGACCUCAAGAGCAACGUGGAGGUCUGACCUUCACCGCUCGGGCGAACGUCGUCCGCAUUGCGAAGAUCCCUGUCUGCGGGAGCGGACCACCUUGGGCAGAGAGCUGAGACCGGCUAGGCGUUAGCCAGCGUCAAUCCCCGAACUGUUUGAACCUUGGUAAGCGCCAAUCCCAGCCAUGAAAAGCUACCCGACCUGUGACGUGGUGAACCCGAUGGGCGCCAUCGGCAUGGUGGACUCCAUCACCUCGGACCCGGACAAUGACCAACCCUUCUUUGUCGUCGACGUGGCCGACAUAGUGUACAAGAUCAAGCUCUGGAAGCUGAAGAUCCCACGCGUGGAGCCGUUCUACGCGGUCAAGUGCAACAGCGACGCUGCAGUCCUGGAGCUGAUGGCCGGACUCGGCCUGGGCUUCGACUGUGCCAGCAAGGCAGAGAUCGAUGUGGUGCGAUCUCUGGGUGUGAGCCCUUCACGCAUUAUCUACGCCAACCCCUGCAAGACCAAGUCCUUCAUCAAGCACGCUGCUGCGCAGGGUGUCGACCUCAUGACCUUUGACAAUGAGCAGGAACUCUACAAGGUCAAGGAGUUGUUCCCUUUGGCUCGCCUGGUGAUCCGCAUCCGCGUGGACGACUCUGGCUCCGUCUGCCAGCUGGGCCUGAAGUUCGGCUGCGAGGUGUCUGACGCUCAGCACCUCCUCACCAUCGCAAAGUCUCUCGGCCUCUCCGUCGUGGGUGUCAGCUUCCACGUGGGCAGCAACAGCCGCGAGCCGAUGUCCUUUGCUCGCGCCAUCGAGAGUGCUCGGCUCGUCUUCGACCAGGGCCUGGCCAUGGGCUUCCCCAUGGAGUUGCUGGACAUCGGGGGAGGCUACCCCGGCGACCGCGGCUUCCAGAAGCUCUUCGACAAGAUCGCCCAGACCAUCAACGGCAGCUUGGCCCUGCACUUCCCGGAGGAGACCGGUGUGCGGGUCAUCUCCGAGCCGGGCCGCUUCUUUGUGGCCUCGGCCUUCACGCUGUACACGACUGUGAUCGCCAAGCGGGAGGUGCUGCUGCCGGGCAGCGCCCUGCCCCGAGCCAUGUACUAUCUGAACGACGGCGUGUACGGGUCCUUCAACUGCACGGUGUUCGACCACGCGGAGCCCGUGCCCUUCGCCCUGCGUGGAGGAGGGCCCUUGCGGCCCUGCUCCCUCUGGGGCCCCACCUGCGACUCCAUGGACCAGAUCCUGGAGGAGGCCCUCCUGCCAGACCUCGGGGUCGGGGACUGGGUGGUCUUCGAGAACAUGGGGGCCUACACCCUCUGCGCCUCGUCCAACUUCAACGGCUUCCAGGUGCCCGAGGUCAAGUACGCCCUCACCUACGCCUCCAUCGCGUACCUGCGGGAGUUCCCUUUCUGGGAGCACCUCUCGCGCCUCUUCGAAGACCAGCAGGAGGCCGGGCUGCCAGUGCUGCCCCACUCGCCACUGUUCCUUGCUCGCCAGGAAACCUGCGUCGCUCCGCAGGAGGCCUGCGCCUGAGCACGUUUACCAAGGUUUGAACGAUUCGUGGGAUCUGACCGUACGGCUAGCCGGGAUCCCACAAUGCACCACCAUCACCACGAGGGAGACGCUUCGCCCAGAAGCGGCGCCUUUUUGUACGCUUCGACCAGGAAACAAUAAAGCAGUGUCUCGCCAGUGCUGUCGCAGUUCGCGGCGGGCACGCGGAGGUUGACAACGGC